AUGGGGGAACCCUCCUCCGACUACGUCGACGACGACGACGACCCACAUGAAACCGGCGACGACACCGAACUCGCCGCCGACUCCUCCUCCUCCUCCUCCUCCUUUAACUCCUCCCCAGUCAUUACCCCUCCCACCUACGUGAACGUGGCCCCGCUCCCGGUGUUCCGCGGGGUGGACCCUGGCGAGUGCCCGGUCGAGCACCUGGCCCGGUUCGACCGGGCGUGCCGCGCCAACAACGCAGCCGACCCGGGCGUCGCGGCGCGCGUCUUCCCGGCCUCCCUCGACGCCGACGCCGCCCUCUGGUACGACCUCGCCGUCGCCCCGCUCCGCCCCGCCCCGUCCUGGCCAGCCGUCCGCUCCGCCUUCCUCCUCGCCUUCCGCCCCCCCGACUUCGCCGAGCGCGCCCGCGCCCAGCUCAUGAGCCUCCGCCAGGGCGAGGCCGAGUCAGCGAGCCGGUACCAUCUACGACUCCAGUGGAUACUGAAGCGGUGGCCGGAGCACGGGAUACCGGAUGCGUUGCUGAAGGGGAUAUUCAUCGACGGGCUGAGGGAGGGCUUUCAGGAGUGGGUCGUGACGCAGAAGCCGGAGACGCUGGCGGAGGCGGUGGGCUUGGCAAUGAGCUGGGAGCGGGCGGAGGGCGUGAGGGAGGCGAGACGGCGUUUGAAUAAGGCGACGGCGGAGGACGGCGGCAACCGCAAGUGUGGGUUCUGCGGCGAAACCGGGCACGAAGAGGGCGCGUGCGAGGUGCGGAGGCGGAUGAGGGAGUUGUGGUUGAGCAGCAAGGACAAUGGCGGCGUUGGUAGUUGCUUGUAA